AUGCAGGCCAAAACCUUGCCGUCAGAAAACGGACUUCAUAAUGCAAAGGAGAGCCAGUCUGUUGAAUACUGGACGCAAUAUGUUCGGUCUAUCAUGGCUCCCUUGUUCCAGGCGGCCGGAUCUUACUCCCCAAUUGAUCAGGAGAGCCAUCUUAAAUUUAUGGACGAAUUCGUUGCACCCAACUUAGGGCCCUUGCCUACGGAGCCGCAUGCUCCGUAUACACCACCAGCAUCCCUCGUCGGAUCUCCCUUCGAUCCCAGCAUCAACAUGGCCUCAUCGGGGAAAGCGAAGAUCCGCUGCGACUUCGACAUUGUGAGACCAGCGCAGCGAGCGGGACCCGAUCCAUUUGCCGAACAUGCCUCACGGGAAACUGCGCUCCACAUCGCCUCGAAAACAGGGAGCGACACAAAGUGGAUGGAGGGCCUUAUGGCAGCUCUCUUACUCUCACCGGAGGAAACCGAGUUUGCUGUGGCGAACGUGCCUCCCAAUAUCGCCGUGCCACCCCUGUCGAUAGGAUUUGACUUCGAUGGCAGCCAGCGUACAAUGAAAUGUUACAUCCCCUCUCUUCGCAAGUCCAUUGCCACUGGGCGACCAGCAAAGGAUCUCUUUUUUGAGGCGCUGAGACGCCUGGAGCCCAUGGGUGCGCGUUUGGCGCCAGGUCUGGAUAUCUUGGAAGAUUACCUGGCGACGACCCCGAGUGACGUCCAGUUCAUGUUAUUGGGAUUUGAUUGCCUGGACCCAGUUACCCACCCAGAAGCCCGAGUGAAGUGCUAUCUUCAUACGCUCAGCAAUGCCUUUGCUGUGGUCCGGGAUGUGAUGACGCUGGGUGGUCGUUUGGACGACGAGACGGCGCGAGCCCGUGUCGAGACCCUUAAGUCAAUCUGGUCUAUCCUGCGAAACGAACCUGAUGAUGCGCCGAUGGAUGAAAGCUGGUGUAAGCCCGAUCGCGUCGACUCGACUGGCUACUCAGGUUUGCUUUUCACUGUUGAGAUUACUCCCGGUGAAAUACUCCCCGACACGAAAGUCUACAUCCCUGUGUUCCAGUACGCGGAGACAAACAAAGCGGUUGAGCUCAACGUGGAGCUCAUGCUGCAGAAGCUGGGAAACGAUUGGGGUCUUACCGGUAGAUACCGCGAGACAUUGCGAAACCUCUUUGGAGCUGAGGAGUACGGACAGACCUAUGCCUCGUUCACUUAUAACAAAGCCAAAGGAGUAUGCACCACCUCGUAUUUUGCAAAGUCCAUCGACCAGGUAGACAGGAGGCUGGCAGGGGAUUUUGGGAUUCGUCUGCAUUAG